UCUGCGUAGGCCUCUGCUGUGACGCAAACUUGACAGCGGCGUGACGCGAGUCUAGCCGCUCCCGAGGUGCUGGCGCUGCUUCUGCGGCGCUUCGAGGCUUCCGCCGCUCGGGUAGUGUGUACAGGCCUGGGCCGCCCCUGGCCUCCACCGCCUGCUAGUGCGGGCCGCGUGUGCCAUGGACGACUACGCGGUUCUUUCGGACACCGAGCUGGCCGCAGUGCUGCGCCAGUACAACAUCCCUCACGGGCCUGUCGUGGGCUCCACUCGAAAGCUCUACGAAAAGAAAAUCUUCGAGUACGAGACCCAGAGGCGAAGGCUCUCGCCCCCAAACUCGUCGUCGUCUUCGUUCUCCCAUCGGUUUUCAGACUUGGAUUCGGCCUCCGUGGACUCGGAUAUGUAUGAUCUGCCCAAGAAAGAGGACGCCUUACUCUACCAGAGUAAAGGCUAUAAUGAUGACUACUAUGAGGAGAGCUAUUUGACCACCAGGACAUAUGGGGAGCCCGAGUCUGUAGGCAUGUCCAAAAACUUCCGCCAGCAUCUCCCAGAUAAGGACACUUUCCACCACCAGGUGCGUGAUGACAUUGUUUUCUCUUCUUCAGAAGAGGAGGGCAAAGAUAGGGAACGCCCUAUCUAUGGCCGGGACACUGCCUACCAGAGCAUCGGACGCUACCGACCCAUUUCCAAUGUCUCCAGGAGCUCCCUGGGCUUGUCCUGUUACCCUACAUCUUCCACCUCCCCUGUGUCCUCCUCUUCAUCUUCUUCAUGGCUCACCCGCCGUGCCAUCCGGCCUGAAAAGCAGGUCCCUGAUGCUGCUCUAGGCCAGGAUCGCCAUGUCCCACUCUGGGGCCAACUUUUGCUUUUCCUGAUCUUUGCUGCCUUUCUGCUCUUUGUUUACUACUCCAUGCAGGCAGAAGAAGGCAACCCCUUCUGGAUGGAUCCCUGAGGACACUGGCUUCAGAGUCAGCUCCUCUGGGGAGUCCUGGCUAAUUGCCUUAGCAGUGUUUGCUGGGGGUGGGUUGGUGGGGACUUUUCUGUGUGUUCUAGUUUUAGGGGGUGCAGGGCCUAGCCCACGGCAGGGCUUGCUUCCCACCUCAGCCUGCCAGGGAAGCAGCAGAGUUUGGCCCUCUGUAGCCGGGUCAGCCCAGAGGCUUCCUCUGAAGCCUCUAGCCCUUUUGCCUCUGACCUUUAGAGGAGAGGCAAGACCUCACUCCUUUAGAUGAGAACAUAGUGGUGGUUGUUGUCAUGCAUGCCUUGUUUCUUGACACCUUUUCAGGGGGUUAUAAACCAAAUGCCACCCUGACUUUGUUGUCUGUCAUGGACCCAAUAAAAAAUGUGUUUAUUUUUA